GCAGGGGCCGUUGCAGUUGUCUCUACAGUCGGGCGAGUGGGAUCGCGGGCGGGGGACGCUUGGCCUUUCCCCUCCCAGGUUGGCGGCGCGGUGGGUGCCCCCCCACCGCCUGCCAUGGCCGCCGGUGAAGGGAGCGAUGAGGAGGCGCGGGUGCUGCAGACUCUCCGCCUGAAGAUUUGUGAAGCCAAAAACUUAGUGCCAUACUCUGGACCAAACAAGAUGAGAGACUGUUUUUGUACAAUCAAUCUAGAUCAAGAAGAGGUUUUUCGCACUCAGGUAGUAGAGAAAUCUUUAAGCCCCUUUUUUGGAGAAGAGUUCUACUUUGAUGUACCAAGGACAUUCCAGUUCUUAUCAUUCUAUAUUUAUGACAAGAGUGUUAUACAGAGGGACCUACGAAUAGGAAAAGUAGCUAUAAAAAAAGAAGACUUGAGCAGAUAUGCAGGCAAAGAACCAUGGUUUACACUUCAGCCUGUUGAUUCUAACUCAGAGGUUCAGGGAAAAGUUCAUCUUGAAUUAAAGCUGAAUGAACUGAUUACCGAUAAUGGAUCAGUCUGCCAACAGCUAGUAGUACACUUGAAGGAAUGUCAUGGGCUGCCUCUUAUCAAUGGACAAAAUUGUGACCCUUAUGCUACAGUGUCUGUUGUGGGCCCUGCAAGGAAUGACCAAAAGAAGACAAAAGUAAAGAAGAAAACAAGCAACCCACAAUUUAAUGAAACAUUUUAUUUUGAGGUUACCAGGUCCAGUAGUUACACCAAAAGGUCACAGUUUCAGGUGGAAGAAGAAGAUAUUGAGAAGCUGGAAGUCAGGGUUGAUUUAUGGAACAAUGGGAACUUGGUGCAGGACCUUUUCUUGGGAGAAGUUAAGAUUCCCGUCAAAACGUUGGGAAGUGAUUCCUUCCAAGCUUGGUACCUUCUACAACCAAGAGAUAAUGGAAAUAAGUCCACUAAAAGUGAAGAUCUUGGAUCACUUAGACUGAAUAUAUGUUACAGUGAAGACUGUGUGCUUCCAUCUGAGUAUUAUGCCCCCCUCAGGAACUUGCUGCUAAAGUCAACAGAAGUUGAGCCAAUAUCUGCUUCUGCUGCUUACAUUUUGGCUGAAGUGUGUCGUGAUAAAUAUGAUACCAUUAUACCUCUUGUACGAUUGUUGCUUCAUCAUCAUAAACUAGUACAGUUUAUCACUGCAGUGGCAGAAUUAGAACUGAAGGAUACCCAAGAAGCGAAUACGAUCUUCAGAGGAAAUUCUUCAGUUACUCGAUGCCUGGAUGAGAUGAUGAAAAUAGUGGGAAAGCACUACCUGAAAGUUACCUUAAAACCAGUUCUAGAUGAGAUAUGUGACAAUCCUAAGCCUUGUGAAAUUGAUCGCCUGAAAUUGAAAGAAGCUGAAAAUACUGAAAUUCACAAGGAAAACUUACGCAACUAUGUCGAUAAAGUAUUCAGUACAAUUGUACAGUCAAGCAUAAGUUGUCCUACAGUAAUGUGUGAUGCAUUCUGCUCUCUGAGAAGUUUGGCUGCUAAAAGAUUUCCCAAUGACCCUCAUGUACAGUAUUCUGCAGUGAGCAGCUUUGUGUUUCUUCGUUUCUUUGCUGUAGCUGUAGUAUCGCCUCAUACUUUCCAUUUACGACCUCACCAUCCAGAUACACAGACAUCUAGAACAUUAACCCUCAUAUCGAAAGCCAUCCAAACACUGGGGAGCUGGGGAAGUUUGUCCAAAAGCAAGCUAUCAAGCUUCAAGGAGUCAUUUAUGUGUGAAUUUUUCAAAAUGUUUCAGGAAGAGGAAUAUACUGAAGCUGUCAAAAAGUUUUUAGAUGAAGUAUCAUCUACGGAAAGUAAAGAGCCAAAUGUCAUGAGUGAGCCAGUGCAUCUAAAAGAAGGGGAAAUGUACAAAAGAGCACAAGGAAGAACUCGUAUUGGGAAAAAAAAUUUCAAGAAACGCUGGUUCUGUCUUACCAGUAGAGAGCUCACAUAUCACAAGCAACAAGAUAAGGAACCAAUUUACAGUGUUCCAGUUAGAAACAUCCUUGCAGUGGAAAAACUUGAUGAGAGUGCCUUUAACAAGAAAAACAUGUUUCAAGUGAUACAUGUUGAAAAAACCCUUUAUGUGCAAGCAAAUAAUUGUGUGGAAGCUAGUGAGUGGAUUGAAGCUCUCUGCCGGGUAAGCAGAUGCAACCAAAGGAGACUGAGUGUUUACCAUCCCUCUGCUUUCUUGAAUGGGAACUGGCUUUGCUGUAAGGCAACAUCAGAGAACACAGUGGGUUGUACACCAUGCACCGCAGGUGGACCUGCUGAUAUUCAAAUAGAGAUUGAUGGUGAUAGAGAAACUGAGAGAAUCUACUCACUUUUUGCUGUCAACAUGCCAAAGCUGCAGAAGAUGCAAGAGGCUUGUGGAAGCAUAGCAGUCUAUCAGGGUCCACGGAAGGAACCAGAUGACUAUUCUCAUUUCACAAUUGAGGACUCUGUAGCAACUUUUCAGACACUUCAGCAAAUAAUAUCUAUAGUAGAAAAGUUGUCUGAACAUCAUGACAGAUAUCAGAAGAAGAGGUCAUCUAGUGCUAAAUAUGGCAGUGAAGAAAAUCCAAUUGUUGGAAAAAUUUCCUAA